AAAAUUUUAGUAAAUAUUUUGAAAUAUGUUAUUUUAAAUUAACAAAACUCAGUACCCGUACAUUAUUAUCUUUACUGUAAAAAUGGGAGCUUUAUUAACAACCAGACAACACGAUGGUGUAGAAGAAAUUGAUAUUUCUUCCAAUCAUGCCUACAAGUAUCCACCCAGAUCUGGUAAUUACUUCGGUAGUCAUUUUAUUAUGGGAGGAGAAAGAUUCGACACGCCACAACCUGAAUCUUAUCUCUUUGGAGAAAAUUCUGAUCUCAACUUUUUAGGAAGUAGACCAACUCCAUUUCCAUAUCCUCCACCUCAACCAAAUGAGCCUACAAAGACUUUAAAAUGUCUUGUUAACAUUAGAAAAGAGUCUCUAAGAUUUGUUAGGACCAGUAAUGAUUAUAGUAAAUUAAAUAUUGAUAAAUGUGAAUAUAGAGAUGUUGAAUUGGGUACAAACACAUCAUUUAACAUUGAAUUUACUUUUGACUGUGAUGUCAGAUGUGCAAUAACAGUAUAUUAUUUCUGUACUGAAGAUUUUACCCCAAAUGGUGUGGCUUACAUUCCAAAAGAUCCGUCAAUAACAUCAGAGACUUUUCAUUAUAGCAGAGGUUCUAAUCAACAAUUUUGUCAACCAGCUCAUGUAUUUAAUCCAGCUAAAUAUAACGAAGAUGAACUGCUGUUUGAUGUAGAUAGAGAGAUAAUUCCAAUUGCUAUUCACUGUGUUACUGAAGAAGGGCCAGAAAUGAGACAGAGUCAUACUACCAUUGCUACUGUAGAAAAAAUCACUGAUGGAACAUAUCUGCUGAAGGCUUUGAAGCAAAAACUAUUUGUUGAUGGUUUAUGUUAUUUGCUGCAGGAAAUUUAUGGAAUUGAAAAUAAAAAUAAUGAAAAAGCUGGAGCUGAUGAUGAGACUGAAGACAAUGGUUCAGAAUGUGUCAUAUGUAUGUGCGAUGUCCGGGAUACUUUGAUCCUUCCUUGCCGCCACCUCUGUUUAUGUAAUUCUUGUGCUGAUUCCCUGAGAUAUCAGGCAAAUAAUUGCCCCAUAUGCAGAGCACCCUUCAGAGCUUUGCUGCAGAUAAGAGCGUUGCAGAAAUGUUCUAAUUCGAACCUAGCUGCUAUUAGCCCACCAGACGGCAGUUGCGACAAUAUCCCUCCCGGUUAUGAAGCUGUGUCCCUUAUAGAGGCGUUGAACGGUCCUUGCGCGCCUCGUCAACCACCCUCCGCUGCUAUGCCUGAUUUAGUCGAAACACCAGAAAAUGAACAUGCCAUACAAGCCGCCCAAAUUUUAAACAGGCAAUGUGAUCGUAGUACACCGACGAAAAAACGAGGAGGCAGUCUAGACUCUCCACCUAGUCCAGAUUACACACGAGAGGUAAGCAUGGUAGCUACAAGGAGAAUAGAGGAAGAGGAUAAAAACAAAGAUGGAAAGUUGCCGUUGUUGGAAAAGGAGGUAGAUAGAAGAAGAAAGAGAGAUGAUGUAAGACUGGUUAACGAGAAAGCCGAAAAGGAUGUAAAUGUAGACGAAGACAGCGAAACUGAAAAAUUAUCUCCACUCUUACAAAAAAUCGACAGAUCUAACAAGAGUAAUGGUAAUAAUUUAGCACUGAAUAUGGAAGAUGUAGUAGAUGCGAUCGAUGAUGCUGAUACUGACCAAGAAGAGACCCGUAAUACUUCUGAAAAAACUAAGACUUACGGUGAACGAGGUGAUGAAUCUGAUUAUUACACCCCUGACGAACCAGCGCCGUCUUCAGCGCCCUUGUACGAAGGAACUAACACCAGUUCCGUGGAAAGUACUCCUCAACGCCUACCGGGGACUCCCAUGUCGCACGCAAGUAUGCGUAGCAGCGGUGACAGUUAUACAAGCGGUUCCAGCACGCGCCAUCUAUUAGCAAUAGCCAGUACUGGGCUAAUUCAGGAUAAACCGGUCAAUGUUUAAGGAUUUACACGGAUUUUCGAUUAAUUUUUAAGAUUAUGCUUAGUCUGAUUAAGGUUAAGAAAGAUUUUAACCUCAUCCGUCCCUUUCUUCAAUUUGUCUGCGUGGUUUGUGUAUCUAUGUUGCUUAAAGCUUCUUUAUAAUUUUGAUAGUAGUAAUUUUAUUAGUUGUAUUGAUUGCCAGAAACGACAUGCUUCUAAAGGAAAUGACAUAUACUAUUUCAAAAAGCGUUUUUAGUUUAAAAACACGCUUGACAUGCAUUUAAACUUUAAUUUUGAUUUGCUGCUAUGGUAGCCACUAUACUUUGGUAAUAUGUAUUUUAAGAAUUGUUUUAGUCAUUUUGAACAUUUUAUCGCUCCAAUGGUCAUGUUACGAGGUCUGUCCCAAAAUUAAUUGAUCCAUGAGUAUAAUCCAUAUAAUAAGUAUGAUCCGCAUGAACCUUCGCAGUAAUCGCAAUUUGGCUUAGCAAUACGCACCCAUCGGUGCUUUAAGUACGUCUAAGUGGUUCUGUAAUCUAUUUUUUGUAGUAAAUGUCAGUGCUCUAUCUCAAAAUACAAUGUUCAGUGAAUUUUGCCGAGAACUGUUGUAAACGAUUAGAUGAAUGGGUUACGCAAUGCAGAAAUAAGUCGCAGCUCUCCCUAAAAUGGGAUCGUCUGUUCCCACUGCGUCACGUAAUCGUUUUAGAACUCAAACUUAUUUUUUUUUUGUUGAUUACCUAUUUUUUAAAAAACAACAUGGGCUCUCAUGUAGAAGUUUUCAUUGCGAAAACAUUUCCGGAUCAUACCCGUACACCCACAACUUGUCACUGGUAAAUAUUUU